AUGCUAGCCGGGGCAGCCACCCUGAAGUACGCUCUGCACACAGCAUUUGGAAACACUGAGUUCUUCGAGUUUGAACUGCACAACCCCGAUGGCCAGGAGGACUACGUUCAGGUUCUAAUCGAUGACACAAAUGGAAGUCUGCAGCUGAUAACCAGCGCGCUGGAGAUUCGAGCUUUCAAGGCUUGCAACAAUAUUACCACGCCCACAGAUGACAGUAUUUUUGCCUAUAAUGUGCCGCUUCAAGGCAACGCGACCAGUGCCGACGUCAGUCCCCGGCGAAAUCAGGCCGACAUCGCCAUUUGUCUUCGGCCCAAUGAGAGGGUUCUUGUGCCCUUCAAGUACAUGGAAUGCUCUGCUUCCAGCGUCGAUGAGUUUCUCAGCAUAAAGCCCAAGAACCCCAUCGAUGAUCGCGUUGCCACCAGAGACAAGUGUGAACGCACAGUAAUGGUAAGUGCUUCUAUCGUUCUGUAA